AUGAAUAAGGCACUCAAAAGUACUCUUGAGAAUUUCAAGAAAUACCUCACAUUCGUGGGGCCGGGAUUGGUGGUAUCGGUAUCAUACCUUGACCCAGGAAAUUACUCAACAUCAACAUCUUCUGGUUCCAUGUACCAAUACAAACUAUGCUUUAUAAUAUUCAUGGCAAAUUUAUUUGCAGUGGUGCUACAGGUUUUAUGCGUGAAAUUGGGUACUAUUACAGGUUUGGAUUUAGCAGAAAUGUGUCGAUUGCAUUUACCUCCAAACUUAAACUUGUUCAUGUACAUUUGUGCCGAAAUUGCUAUAAUAGCGACAGAUUUGGCUGAAGUUGUAGGUACUGCUAUUUCGUUGGAAAUUUUGUUUGGAAUACCGUUGAUAUAUGGUGUCAUUAUAACUGUUCUCGAUGUAUUGAUCAUACUCAUGGCAUAUCAUAAAGACGGAUCUUUGAAACAAACUAAAAUGUUUGAAAUAAUCGUCUCCAUCUUGGUGGCAGCUACCUGUGUGUGCUUCGUUUUGGAAUUGUUCAAGUGUGAUUUCCCUCCAGGCUCGGGCUGGGAGAUAUUUAAAGGAUUUCUCCCAAUUAAUAAAGAGGUCUUUAAAGAAAAGACUGCGUUAUUUUUGAGUUGUGGUAUUGUUGGAAGUACAGUGAUGCCUCACUCCUUGUUUUUAGGCUCAGCAUUGGUCCAGCCAAGAUUGAAAGAUUACGAUGAAAAACAUGGAAUAAAGCAGCAGCAACAACAGCAGCAGCAACAGCAACAACAACAACAACAACAACAGCAACAGCCAAAUUCGGAAGGCGAGGUUGGUAAUGCAGAGACCUUGUCAUCUACAGCAACAUCAUCUUCUUUAACAUUAUCAUCAACAACAAUGGCAUCUUCUCCGUUGGCAAAUUUUGGUGGAAUUUCCAACGGAUUGAUGCUCAGCAAAAAAUACAAACCAUCUUAUUCAGCCGUCAAGUAUUGUCUCAACUACUCAUAUGUGGAGUUGGUAAGCUCUUUAUUCAUUGUUGCUGUGUUUGUCAACUCUGCUAUUUUAAUCGUAGCCGGAGUAACUUUGUAUGGCAAACCAGACGCUGCAGACGCAGACUUGCUAUCAAUUUACGAAAUGUUAUCUCACUAUAUCUCACCAGCAGCUGGAUUUGUAUUUGCCUUAAGUAUGCUAUUCUCGGGUCAAAGCGCCGGAAUUGUAUGUACAAUGGCAGGACAAAUUAUUGCAGAGGGUUUCAUUAAUUGGACCAUUGAGCCCUGGAAGAGACGGAUUAUAACAAGAAUUAUUGCCAUAGUCCCCGUGAUUAUAGUUAUUGGAAUCUUGGGUCGUGAAGGUGUUUCCAAGGUAAUGAACUCGUCACAAGUGGUGCUCAGUUUUGUUUUACCAAUUGUGAGUGCACCGUUGAUUUACUUUACGUGCAAUAAAAAAUACAUGAGCAUCGCCAAUGAUGCUGAUGCUAAGACAGCAUGUACCGAAUCAAGUCCAUUAUUGCAUAAUGAAGAUGGUAUAGAAGUGAGUUGUGAAAAACAAAUCAGCUACGAAAACGGAAAGUUUUUGUCGAUUACAAGUAUUCUUACAUGGAUCAUAAUCACUGCCUUAAAUUUGUAUUUGGUAAUAGCAUUUAUCAAUGGUGCAGACAUUUGA